CCUCAAUUAACUCCAAUGACGCCAGAUCCCUGUUUUCUUCCCCUUUUCCCCUUAUUUUCAAACACCACCGCGUAACACAACACUUGCCCAUUCCCUUAUAAUAGACAAACGAAACACACCUCACUCACACUUUCCGUGUAAACAGAACAGAGCAACACUGAACAAUGGCGCAACCUUCCUCCUCCUCGAAGCCUGUUGUCCCUCUCCUGAAGGACGAGCUGGACAUCGUGAUCCCGACAAUCCGAAACCUCGACUUCCUCGAGAUGUGGCGGCCCUUCUUCGAACCUUACCACCUCAUCAUCGUGCAGGACGGAGACCCCAACAGGACCAUCAAUGUCCCCGAAGGCUUCGAUUAUGAACUCUACAACCGCAACGACAUCAAUCGCAUCCUCGGACCCAAAGCCUCCUGCAUCUCGUUUAAGGAUUCUGCGUGUCGCUGCUUUGGUUACAUGGUCUCCAAGAAGAAGUACAUCUACACCAUCGAUGACGACUGCUUCGUUGCUAAGGAUCCUUCUGGAAAGGAUAUCAAUGCACUUGAGCAGCACAUUAAGAAUCUCCUUUGUCCAUCCACUCCAUUUUUUUUCAACACCCUUUAUGACCCUUACAGAGAAGGUGCUGAUUUCGUCCGUGGAUACCCUUUUAGUCUUCGUGAGGGUGCCCCCACUGCUGUUUCUCAUGGCCUCUGGCUCAAUAUACCUGAUUAUGAUGCUCCAACACAGCUUGUCAAACCCCUCGAGAGGAACACCAGGUAUGUUGAUGCUGUUCUUACCAUUCCCAAAGGAACAUUGUUCCCCAUGUGUGGUAUGAAUUUGGCAUUCGAUCGUCAGCUGAUUGGACCUGCAAUGUACUUUGGACUCAUGGGUGAUGGCCAACCUAUUGGACGAUACGAUGAUAUGUGGGCUGGAUGGUGUGUUAAGGUUAUAUGUGACCAUUUGGGCUUGGGAGUGAAGACUGGCCUUCCAUACAUCUGGCACAGCAAAGCAAGCAACCCUUUUGUCAAUCUCAAAAAGGAGUACAAGGGCAUCUUCUGGCAAGAAGAAAUCAUUCCAUUCUUCCAAAGUGCCACUCUUUCAAAAGAGUGCACGUCUGUCCAAAAAUGUUACAUUGAACUCUCCAAGCAAGUCAAGGAGAAGCUUGGGGCUGUUGAUCCCUACUUCAUCAAGCUAGCAGAUGCCAUGGUUACUUGGAUUGAAGCUUGGGAUGAGCUUAACAACAACACAUCUGAAGAAGUUCCUUCAAAGCCAACCAAUGGUGCUGCUGCUGCCAAGUGAACCUUUUAUGGUUGCGGAUUUUAGUUUUCAAUUGGAGUAGUUUCUUCCUUGUCAGUUUUAAUUGAUUAUCAUAUUUGUUACCAUAUUUUUUUUAUAAUGCAAGAUUAUAGACCAAUUUAUUGAUAUUGAUGCUAUCAUUAUUACUAUUUAUAUUAUAUUCUUAUUAUAAAUAUGUAUUUCAGGAUAUUUUUUUUCCAUAUCGUGAUUGGAAUCUUAGAAAUUUAAUCCUGCUCAGUGGAUGAGUUUUUCUAA